AUGAGCGAUUCAGUAUUGGUGGCACCAUCCCUCUCUACAGCGCAAACAGAAGAGACAUUUGAAUUUCAGAGUUAUGAGAAGUCAACUCGUUCGAGAUCUUACCUUGGGCCAGACGUAACAGCAGAGAACGUCUCUGAGCUAAUAAGUGCCUACUAUAGUGUGCCUGACCUAAUCCAGUUCUUCAAGGAGCAUCCACAGUACCAAAAAAUUACAUUACAAUUCCCAGAUGAGCUGGUAUUGGACUCCUCAAUAGUUGUUCAAUUAAUGCAGAAAGAACUAUGUGUCUCUGAUGGAGAAGCGUGUGUAGUGGAUACGGUCAAGGAGUCAUGUGGUAGCGGCAGCGACUGCUGUGGUCAAUCAAAGGGCGAAUGUGCGUCCAAGGCGUUCCAACAACAAGCCGGAAGGAAGAUUUGGAUACUUGCCGAUACCUCGUACAGUUCUUGCUGCGUCGACGAGGUGGCUAGUGAGCAUGUACACGGUGAUAUUGUCGUUCACUUUGGAGACGCGUGCAUGAAUGCAGUGCAAAAGCUCCCUGUUAUUUAUUCAUUUGGAAGACCCAGCCUGAACCUCGCCGCAGUGAAGGAACGGUUCGAGAGUGAGUACAGCGAAAAGGACGCCAAAGUCUGUUUGAUGGCGGAUGCGCCAUACUCGAUACACAUGCACGCGCUAUACCAUAUGUUAAAAGACGGGGGGUAUUCCAACCUGGUGUUUGCAGACAUCAACCGCGGAAUGCUAGAGGAGAAUAACCACAUAGUUGGAUACAGCGGAGUUGACGAAUCGACAUACAAGAAGCAUGCCACCUUUGGCAACAGAAUUAUAUACGGUGAUAGAACCACAGUUGACAAUGACGACGACAACGACAACGAGCUAGACAUGCACGACUACAAGCUCUUCCACAUCACGAUACCGAAAGACCCACAUCUCUUGUUCUUGACGACCCAAUUUGAAUCAGUGACGCUGUACGAUCCGGAAACGAACAGCGUGAACCAUGGACCAUUCCCCUCGAUGAUGAAACGGUAUAAGUUCAUGCAUGUGGCCAGAACCGCGGGCACCGUGGGAAUACUAGUGAACACCUUGUCGUUGCGCAAUACCAAGGAGACCAUCAACAAGCUAACCAAACUACUCAAAGAAAACGGCAAGAAACACUACAUGUUUGUGGUUGGGAAACCCAACGUCGCGAAGCUCGCAAACUUCGAACCGAUAGACGUGUGGUGUAUCCUCGGAUGUGGCCAAGGCGGUAUCGUUUUAGACCAGUAUAACGAAUUCUACAAACCGAUCGUUACACCGUAUGAGCUUAUCAUGGCCUUGGACAAUGAAGUCACAUGGACAGGACAAUGGAUCACGGACUUUGAGAAAAUCAUCCAAGAGAUUGAACACGAAGAAGAUAACAACGAUGAGGUUGGGGAUGGACAUGGACAUGGGAAUCAGAAUGAAGACGAGGACGACGCUCCGGAGUUCAACGCCGUCACAGGCCAAUACGUUUCUACCUCAAGACCUCUCCGCCGAAUCGAAAGACUAGAGAUUGAAACACCGAUCAACGAGGUAAGAUCAUCGGACUCCACAGAACUAGUCCAACAGUUCUCAAAAACUGUCGCCAUCAAAAACACAGUCUCUACCUCUGCUGCCUUCUUACAGACUCGUCAAUGGACAGGUCUCGGUAGCGAUUACCAAACUCAAGAACAAGACAGCGAACUGGAGGAAGAUGGAGCGACAAUGGAGGAAGGUACCUCAGGAAUCGCUAGAGGAUAUCAGUUUGAUCGGCAAAAUCAUGCGUAA